AUGGCCAUGGGCCUUGUUUAUGCCGCCUGCCUCAGCUCUUUGAUGUUCCUGUGGGUAGCUGCGGCUCAAACGGGACCAGUGCAAGGCAAGUUGCGGGCCAAAAAGUCGUUUAGGCCUUUGGGCUCCGGCAGCUGUGUCUUCCACUCGCUAGAUGGCGCUGCCACGGAAAGCGAAGGUGUGCGCUUCAUACGGCUACGUGAGGACGCCCAGGUGGGCAAAGAAAUCUUACGCGUGCAGGCCUAUCCACGCUCCAGCGUGGCCCUUAAGGGCGCCGACGCCAGCGCCGAUCACAAGUAUUUUAAUCUAACGGAAUACAAUUCCACGACUCUGGUGGUGAGCCUGGCGCGUUCCCUGGAGCGUCUCGUGGAUCGCGAUGUGCCCCGAAAUUUGCUCAAGUUUCGCAUACUCUGCUCUGGCAGGAACGAAAAGCUUGAGGAGGGUAGCUACCUCUCCAUUACGGUCUACAUUGAGGAUGUCAACGACAAUGCGCCAGAGUUUCUUAAUGUUCCUUAUGUGGUUGAUGUGGAUGAAAAUACAUCCGUUGAGAGCAUCAUCUUUCAGGGCGUGCAGGCCUUCGAUCGGGAUAAGCCCAAUACACCCAACUCGGAGGUGCACUUCAGCAUGUCAACGGUUCCAGAACAGCUCUCCGCCGAUGGCAGACCGUAUUUUGCCCUGAAAAGUCCCCACCGACCGUUGUUAAUACUCAAACGUGAGCUGGACUUUGAUAACGGCAUACGGCAGUUCAAGCUGCCAAUCUUUGUCUGGGAUCGUGGCACGCCCGCCAAUCAGGCCAACACCACGAUCACAAUCAAUGUGCGCGACGUGGAUGAUCUGCCACCCAAGUUCACCGAGGGCGUCUAUCGCACCAAGAUCAAUGAGUUCUAUCCAAUGACCGGCAUGCCCAUACGCAUUCCGCUGUACUUUGCGCCACCGAUCAUGGCCUUUGAUCAGGACUCAUUGAAUGCCACACUCGUCUAUGACAUCAUCUCUGGCAAUGAGCGUCAGCUGUUCCGUGUGAAUCCCCACAACGGAGUCAUGUAUCUGCAGAAGGAGAUUGACCUGGAGGAGGAGAGUUUGCCGGGCAAUACCUUUGUGGUGCAGCUGGAGGCCAGACAAAAGGAUAAUCCACUAAAGAAAGCUCUGGCACGCAUCGAGGUGGAGGUGCUUGAUCUGAACGACAAUGUGCCUGAGUUUGAGGCCGAUUUCUACAACAUAUCUAUUGUGGAGAAUCUGCCCACGGGCUUCAGCGUCUUGCAGGUGAACGCCAUUGAUCGGGACCAAGGCGAGAACUCCGAGUUCCUCUACAAUCUUGUCGAGAAUAAAACAGCUGCUGGUGCCUUUCGCAUUGACUCUCGCACCGGCUGGAUAACUGUACGCGAUGACCGCUUGCUCGAUCGAGAGCAACGCAGAUCCAUACAGCUGAAGGUGGAGGCACUGGAACGCAAUCCCUCCUACUUGGAUGACAAGCAUCUGAAGAAACCGGGUCCCAGCAUGGUGCGAGUGGACAUCACAUUGCUGGACAGCAACGACAACAAUCCAAAGUUCGAUCAUGGUAAUCUGUACGAGUUUAAGGUGCCCAUAACGGCAGCUGUGGGCUCUAAGAUCGGUCGGGUGGCCGCUCACGAUCCCGACGAUGGCCCCAACGGUCAGUUACUCUACGAGCUACAGCGGCCCAAGGGCAGCGGCUACAUACCUUUUCGGCUGGACAGCAAAAACGGCACCAUCUAUGUGGCUGGUCCGCUGCGACGCGGUCGCAUCGCGGUGUUUGUGGAGGCCAGCGAUCAGCCCACCAAUCCCUCAGAGCGUCGCUUCUCCUUGGCCGUCAUCACCAUCGAAGUCUAUGCAACGAUCGAUGAUCAGGCGAUCGAUUUUGUGGGCGCGCCCUAUGAAUUUUGGGUGGGCGCGAGUACGCCGCUGGGCACGUCUGUGGGUCAGGUGCGCACCACAUUGAUAUACGAUGGCGAGGACGAGAUAAUGUACGAUCUGUUGCACACAUAUUCCGAGGGCGUGCCUUUUGCAAUCGAGGAGCGAUCGGGCAUUAUCACAGUCAUACGUGAGCUAUCGGAAUUCAAGAGGCGCAUCUAUAACUUUGAAGCGGUGGCCAAUUAUCUCUUUGCCAACUCAUCGCAGCCGCUGAUCGCUUCACGCAGCUCACUGCCGCUGACUACAGCAGCCUCACCCGAGCUCAGCGAUGAGGGUGUGCUUAUAACGAAUUUAACAAUCCACAUUGUAAACAAGCCCGAGCCGGAGAAGGUGCCACUGCGACCUGUCAUAGAGGAAAUCAAUAUGAAUAUAAUCAACUUCCAUGUGGAGGAGAAUCUGGUGGGCGGCAUUAUAGGCCAGCUGCUCUACAAGAAUGCGCUGAAUGUGGCCAACAACGAGCUGGGCAGUUUUCGUGAGCUAAGCACAGCUGCGGGCAGCGGCAACCUCACCAUGGGCAGCCGUUUUCGCAGUCGUAAUCGCAGUCGCAACUCCAAAUCGAAGCGACGGCUGCCGCGCCGUCUGGCGGGGGACACAAAUCUGAAGCUGCGCUAUAUUAUAGCCAAUCAACAGGAGGUUAUCAACAAGAUAACCAUUACAGAAGAUGGCACCCUGCUGACGCUGAUCGGACUGGAUCGGGAGCAGCAGGCCAGCUAUGAGCUCACAGUGAUAGUGGAGUACAGCACGGGGCUGGUGAGCGGAGCGGGAAUUUAUCAGGUGAACAUCAAGGUGGACGAUGUCAACGAUAAUGCACCCAAGUUUAAUGCGCUCACCUAUGUUGGCCUGAUCAAUGAGAACUGCGCCGUGGGCACAGAGCUAUCCAUGAACCAGGCCAUACAAAUCACCGAUGCCGAUGAGGGCAUGAAUGCCGAGUUCCGCGUGCAACUCCAGGGCGACUCCAGCGAUCAGUUCACCAUUGAGUAUGUCAAUGCCAGCAUUGGCGAAAAUGCCAGCCAACAUAAGCUGGCCCAAAGCACUGGUGCUUUCAAUAUAUUCAAUCUGACUGAUCAGUGGAACGAGGAGUUCAAGUACCAGGAGCUGCACAACUCCUUCAUGCAGUCAAACUUCAAGCUUAGCACCGGUCCUUACUUCCGGAUUAGUUAUACUGGUAAGCGCGGCCUGGACAGGGAGAAGCAACAGCUGUACAAUCUUAAAAUUGUGGCCGCGGACACUGGUGGACUCUCGGGCUAUGCGCAUCUUACGAUUCUUGUGGCAGAUGUCAAUGAUAAUGGACCAAUGUUUGAGCGCAUUUCCGUGUUCAAGGAUUCGCGUCUGGAAAUUCGCGAAUACAAUACGGAUAUGGAGAUCUAUUUUGUGGAGAGCUCGCAUGGCAUGGUCCUGCCGCCUGCUGGCGCCAAUGCCAUGAUGAUGGCUCCACCCGCAUAUCACAUACCCGGCUCCCCCAGACUGCAUAUGGAGAGGGAGAAGGGCAGCGCGGUUGGAGCCGUCGCUGGCGCUGGCGUUGUGGGUCGCGCCAAAUCUCGCCGUCGUAUGGCACGCGCCAUUCCAGUUAAAUGCCCCUUGUUUGCCAUUUAUGAGGAUACGCCCGUGGGCGCCAAGCUGCUGCAGCUAAGCGCCAGCGAUGAAGACUUUGGCAAGAAUGCCCAGCUGCACUACGAGCUAUACGGCGAGCAGGUGGAACGCUCACCGGGCAUGCCCAUGAUCAAGUUGCACACCGUACGCCACUUUGCCAUAGACAAGCUAAGCGGCGAGCUGACGGUCAACUAUCCGCUGGCAGCCAACAUUGAGAUCUGGCUGAAUCUGAGCGUAACCGAUAUAGACGGCCUCAAGGACACCACCUGCAUGCGUUUCACGGUCAUCGAUGUGAACAAUCAUGUGCCGGCCUUCAAAAAGUCGUGGUACAGUUUUGACACACCCGAGGGCGACUACAAGGACAGUGUACUGGGCCAGGUGCUGGCCAUUGACAUGGAUUACGGCGAGAAUGCGAACAUAACGUAUUCUCUAAGUGACCUGCAGCUGCCGUUCACAGUGAAGCCCACCUCGGGCGUGCUGAAGAUCAACGGCCAGCUGGAUCGGGAGCUGCGUGCCAAGUACAAUUUCCAGGUGAUAGCCAGCGACAAUGCAGAGCCCAUGCAGCGUCUGUCGAGUAGCGUCGAUAUCGAGGUGAAUGUGAUGGAUAUCAAUGACAAUCGUCCCGAGUUCAUUGGCUACGACGAUCAGACCAAGGCGAUCAAGUAUAUAGCUGAUCUGGCAGAUCGCACCAUGAUGUUGCCUGUCUAUAAGGCGUAUUUGGAUCGUAGCACGCUGCCGGGCAUGUUUGUCAAGCAGGUGAAUGCCAUCGACAAGGAUUAUGUGGGCAACGGCAAUGGACUGGUGCUCUACUCCAUAUUGCAUCAGGAACUGCAUGCGCCAGUCUUUCAGAUAGAUUCCCGCGACGGCACCAUCACCACGGUGUCAAAUAUACGGGGUUACAAUGAUUAUGAGCACCUCAAUGUAUCUGUUAUUGCCUCAGAUCUGGGCAGUCCAGCGCUCUCGGCCACCGCCGUGGUGCUCAUCAAUUUGCAGGGCCAGGCGGUUACUGAGCCAACGCCGCCACCCAAGCCGGAGAUUCCGAUCAAUGUGACCAUAUUCCAGCAUCCGUACUAUGACGUGCAGCUGACGGAGAACAAUGAGGCGCCUAUUGAGGUAAUGCGUCUGAACCUCACGGCUGACUUGAAUGCCGAAAACUAUCGCUGGUCACUGUGGCUGGAGGAGGGUCUGGACGAGUCCGAUGCUCAUCCACCGUUCGAAUACGAUGCCAAGAAUAUGCUGCUCUACGCCCUCAAGCCAUUUGAUCGGGAGCACAUCGCACGCUAUCAGCUCCGGGUACGCGCGGAUCGCCUGAGUCGAGGGGCACGCAACUACGCCAAGGUAUCCUAUCCGGUGGUCGAUGAGCGCGUUGAGGGCCUCUCGCCCAGUGAGUGCCGCAUUGUGGUGCGCAUCGCAGACGAAAACGAUAAUUCACCCAAGUUCCGCGGCAACGGACAGCCAAUUGUGGCCGUGCUGCCCCGCAGCGCCAGUUUCGGUUACCACGUGACCCGCGUCACAGCCACGGACGCCGACGAGGGCCUCAAUGCCGAGAUUCGCUAUCGUCUGCUGAAUGAGCCCACUCGACUCUUUGGCAUCGACGACCUAACGGGCAACAUACGUCUGUUGGGCGAUCUGCCACUGGACGAGCGCAUCUACGGCUUCGAUGUGAAGGCCACCGAUCGCAUGGGUGCCGAUGACGGACGCAGCGGCAUUGUUAAUGUCUUUGUGUACAUCAUAGACGAGGCCAAGCAGGUGCGUCUCGUGGUGGCCGGCAUGCCGGUAGAUGUCGAGCGUCGCAUAGACAGCCUAAUGGAUGCACUCAGCUCUGCCAUUGGCAAGGAUGUGCGCGUGCGGCUGCUGGAACCCAAUUCUGGAGGAACCGAAGUGGCCACCAAUGCCUACAUCUAUGCCGUCGAUCCACACACCAAUUCCAUUGUGGAAAUGGAGCAGCUGCAAGAGUCUUUGGCCGGACUGCAACUGGAUGCGCUGCAGCUGCAGCAGCUUCAGCAUCAGACAGGGGACAGCAGCAAGACAAUGCCGCGCAUCAUCGAAUUGGCCGAGUUCGGGCAGGCGCCGCGUCCCACGCACGCCUCCGCCUCCAGCUUUAUGGGCGGCCUGGAAUUGGUAACUUUGGUGCUGCUGGCGCUGGUUAGCCUGGGCGCACUUAUAGCUGCCUGUUGUUACCUGUGCAUGCGCCAGAAACGUCAGCUCUGGUCACAGCGCGACUUUGCCGCCUCGGAAGCCGGUCUUGCCUAUACCAUAGCCGGCGUCAACCAGUCCCGGUCGCAGCAGCGACGCCAGCGCCAGCGGCAGCAGCGGCACACGCAGCGCUGCAGCAAGGGCAGCAGCAACAUCGGACAGCAGCGUCCGACAAGCGGCUUCUUGAACGAGUCGGUGUGCUCCUCGGCGCAAACCCAGUCGACGGCAGCGGCCACAGAGAAACUGGAACAGCAGUUGCAUCACCAUCACCAGCAGCAGGCGCUGGUCACACAGCAGCAGCAUCAUCAGUACCUGAACGAACAGCAGCAGCAGCAGUGCCAGCGAGAAUAUAUAGACGUGCCGCUGCCCAAGUCCAUUGCCAAGGCGGCGGCCGCGGCGGCAGCUACUGCAGCCGAUGCGAAUGCCCCAUUUGUGCUUAAAUACAACUCCUGUCAGCCAGUGAACAAUCUCAACAACUAUGAAACGUCGCUGUUCUCGCUGCACUCCACUGGCCAGGACUCGGGCGUAGAGUUCCUCAGCAGUCGCGAGCUGUAUGAAACCUCGCCGGACUCCUUUCAGCACAGCGGCUCCAAGCGGGUCAGCAAUGCGGAGCUGCUUUGUCCCAGACACGCCAAGGCGCACAUGGAGCUGCGCCAGCAGCCCCACACGGACAGCAGUGAUACCUACGAGGAUUCACUGAAAACGGAUGAGCCGCUGGUGGCGCACAAUUGCCGCAACGGCAGCUGCGAGCAUCGUGCGCAUCAGCAUCAGCAUCAGCACCAGCAUCAGCACCAGCAUCCGCAUUACCAGAACACCAAGUUCGAGAAGCGCUCCUCCUGCGUGCGGCACUCCUUCUCGGGCGUCAAGGAUGACCUCAUGCAGCACUCGCCGCAAAUCUCGCUACGUCCACGUGGACACGCGCUGCGCAACUCGAUGAACGAUCUGGAGCAGCGGCUGCACAAUUUGGAGCAGUCCUUUCGCCGGCCCCUGGAGUUCAGCAAGUCGAACUCCCUGUUUUAGCUGUUAAGUGAACCAAGUGCAAUGUUUAGCGUGUAGCUCCUCCUCACUAAUAACAACCA